GGCCAAGUCCAGCAUAAACUAAAAGAACCGGCAGGAGGGGAACCGAAAUCCAAAUUGAAGCAAACCGUUGUCAAAGAAAAAGUUGAAGCAAAGCCCGGGGAGGAUCGGAGGGAGAGAGAGAGAGAGAGCGCAUAAGGAAAACUGGAAAAGGAAAGAGUUUAUUCUUCACAGUGAAGAAGAGUGAGGUGGAGACUGGAUUCCGUUUCCGUAUCAAUCGAUUUAUAAGAGCUAAAAAGUGAAGCGAAGGGUGAGAAGGCACAGCCACAAGUUCACCGUUGAACCCUGUCGGCCACAAUCAACAAUCAUUCAACACCGAUAGUGAUGGAGAGUGCUUUUGCGAGUGCUUCUGCCAUUACAGACCAGAGGCAAAAGAUAGAGCAGUACAAGCACAUCCUUUCUACCGUUAUUUCUUCCAAUGACAUUGUUCAAGCUAGGAGAUUUAUUGACCACAUGUUGUCGGAUGAUGUCCCAUUAGUAGUGUCACGGCAGCUGUUACAAACUUUUGCUCAAGAAUUGGGAAGAUUACAGCCGGAGACACAGAAAGAGAUUGCCCAUUACACCCUUGCGCAGAUUCAGCCUCGUGUUGUGUCUUUCGAAGAGCAGGUUUUAGUUAUUAGAGAGAAGCUUGCAGAGCUUUAUGAAUCUGAGGAACAAUGGUCAAAAGCAGCUCAAAUGCUCAGUGGCAUUGAUCUGGAUUCAGGAAUGAGGGUUAUUGAUGAUAAAUUCAGGUUGUCAAAGUGUGUCCAAAUUGCCCGCUUAUACCUUGAGGAUGAUGAUGCUUUCAAUGCUGAAGCUUUUAUUAAUAAAGCAUCAUUUUUGGUUAGCAAUAGCCAGCAUGAAGCACUGAAUUUGCAGUAUAAGGUAUGCUAUGCAAGGAUCUUAGAUUUGAAGAGGAAAUUCUUGGAAGCAGCUUUGCGAUAUUAUGAUAUAUCUCAAAUUGAGAAAAGGCAAAUAGGGGAUGAGGAGAUCAAUGAGGAAGCCCUUGAGCAAGCUUUAUCUGCUGCUGUUACAUGCACAAUAUUGGCAGCUGCAGGACCGCAACGUUCACGUGUUCUUGCAACAUUGUACAAGGAUGAACGGUGUUCAAAGUUAAAGAUCUAUCCAAUACUGCAGAAGGUGUAUUUGGAGAGAAUUCUUAGAAAGCCCGAAAUUGAUGCAUUUUCAGAAGAAUUGAAACCACAUCAGAAAGCUCUUCUUCCAGAUAAUUUCACUGUGCUGGACCGUGCUAUGAUUGAACAUAACCUUCUGAGUGCAAGCAAACUGUAUACCAAUAUAAGCUUUGAUGAGCUAGGGACGCUUUUGGGGAUCCCACCUCACAAGGCCGAGAAGAUAGCAUCAAGAAUGAUUUAUGAGGAUAGGAUGAGGGGGUCUAUUGAUCAGGUUGAAGCUGUUAUACAUUUUGAUGAUGAUACUGAAGAGUUGCAACGAUGGGACCAGCAGAUUAUGGGUCUUUGUCAGUCUCUCAACGAUGUUUUGGAUAGCAUGGCCAAGAAGGGGUACCCAGUGCCUGUUUAAUUAAUGUGGAUGAUUCACAAUUUCUUUGUUUAUACAUUCUUACUAAAACAUCUUGUUCUCCCCCCUUCAAUUUUUUUUUGGCGAACUUCACUAUAACAAACAACCACAUUAAUUUCGUUAACUACAGGCAUAUUUGGUUCGCUGCUUCA